AAAAGCUGCCCACUGCCCCAAACUCAUUUGAUUCAACGCGGAGAGAGAGAGAGAGAGGGAGAGGGAGAGAUAUCAAAAAUAGAAAACAUGGGGAAGCCGACGGGUGGUUCUCUCGUGAUUUGUGCACUGUUAGUACUGAUUUCAAUUUCGUUAUCGGGUGUGAGUUUUGCUGCUGCUGCUGCUGACGGCGGAUACAGCCAGUUCCAGGUGGGGUGGUUUCCGGCGCCGGCGACGGGGGAGUGCCGGGGAUCAAUGGCGGAGUGCAUGGCGCUGGAGGAGGAGGAGGAGGAGUUCCAGAUGGACUCGGAGAUCAACCGGCGCAUCCUAGCGGGGAGGCGGUACAUCAGCUACGGUGCUCUGAGCAGGAACAGGGUACCCUGCUCCCGGCGCGGCGCCUCGUACUACAAUUGCCGGCGCGGCGGCUCCGCCAACCCAUACCAGCGCGGCUGCAGCGCCAUCACUCGCUGCCGGCGUUGAGGUUUUCUUUUUCUUAGCCAAUUUUUUUUUGUUUUCAAAAUUAUAAUAUUACUGAGUUUUGGUUUGUGGGCUACGAUGGGAUUGUAUCAGUCUUAUGUAAAAAUGGGGCGAAUACUUAUUGUAAUUUCAUCACUGUUCUUCAGUGUAUUAUUAUUAUAUUGUUUUUAAUGUUCUUCUACAAAACUACUUUAUUUUAAUGAUUCUAUGCUAUCAAUAAAAGCCCUUUCUGUAAGCUAAACACUGUUUAGUUUACUGUUGCAUCUUGUU